CCAUACUUCUUCUUCUGCUUCAUCUUCAGUACUUCAUCCUCCUCUUCCUCCUCAUCCACCGCAGGUGAUUUUCGCGAUCGGCCAAAGAGAGUCACCCCCGGGGAGCAGCAAGCAGCGGCGCUGGAUUCCAGCCAUUUCGAGAUCAGAUGAAGUGGCAUGCCUCCGUUACUCUCGUCGUAGCUAAAUGUCCCUGUGCCGUGACCCAUGGAACCUCAUGAUCCCCUUCCUCCCAAGCUCAAUCCGAGCUUCUACUCGACAAAUGUGGUGGAUUGGAUUGGCUGGGUUCCCUUUUGUUUUGGGCACCGAACAAAAUUGGGGUUCUUGCUGACCUCUCCUUUCCCCCAUAAUUGGGUUCCCGCUCUCUGACGCAAGUUAUCGGUUGUUCCAUGGAGAAAAAAAAGGAAGAGAGAUGGGUGGGCAGGGAACGGGAGAGUGGGCCAGAAUUAGAUUACAGGAACCUCUCUCUCUCUCUCUCUCUCUCUCUCUCUCUCUCUUAUGUCAAGUUCCAAAAUUUAGCAUUUGCCACUUCAAAACUUAGCAUCGGUUCUGCUGCUUUAAGUUUGUUCUAGUGUAGUGGUACACUGAUACAUGGGAAUGGCAAUCUGGGUUGGCAAAAUGCUGCUGAUUAAGGUUACGGAUUAUGGGAUGCGGUCACUAACCCUAUUGCCUGUCAAUUAUUUCGUCUUCUAACUUGGCAUUUUGUUUGUGACGUAUGUCUCAUGUCAGCCAAAUGAGUUGUCGUCAAGUUCUCAGUUCGAUUGCCAUGUGCUCAAAAGAAGAAAAAAAAAAAAACAAAAACAAUAGCUUUGACGGAAAUGAUUCUCUGUCUAUUAACUGUCUUUUAUACUAAUAGAUGAUAACAGCUUCAAUUCUAAGCAUUACUUUUGCAAUAUGUUGGUCUACUUCAUUGUUUGAUCUGAUAAAUGGUCUUUGCUUUGACAAAGGAUUACUACAAAAUUUUGGAGGUGGAUUAUGAUGCAACUGACGACAAAAUCAGAUUAAACUAUCGGAAGCUUGCGUUGAAGUGGCAUCCUGACAAACACAAGGGCGAUGGUGCUGUGACCUCAAAAUUCCAAGAGAUUAAUGAAGCUUAUAGUGUGCUGAGCGAUCCUGUCAAACGCUUUGAUUAUGACUUAACUGGGAUUUAUGAGAUCGAGAAGUAUACCUUGAGGGAGUAUCUUGCCAGAUUCAAAGGAAUGAUAUUGACCUGUAAUGGGCUCGGUAUUGGUCAUCCAUCAGAAGGGGCAGAGCACUUGACCAAUGGUGGUAACGUUGCAGACGAGUGAGGAUUUUUCUCCAGUUAAAGUGCAUGUGCUUCCAUGCCACGAGAGGCUUCAGUUUAGAAGGCAGGCUUGAAUUCAUUGCUGCAAAGAUGUUACCUUGUGGAGGAAGAGAAAUAAGCUAACGAUGUUCUGAGGAAUGUCCAAUUGAAACCCGGUGCAUCUCAGGCGACCAAUACACCCAUGUUUAAGGGAUCUCAACAUGUACUCCUUCAUUCUUCUUGCUUUGUACAUUGCCUUGUUGUACAAUGUUGAAUUUGAUUCAUUUGUUUGUAAAAAGUCAUAUCUUUCUCCGAGUUUAUGGCUGUUGCGGGUA